CCUCUCUCUGUGUUGUUUCAGACCUGUCUCAGAUCAAGGAUAUAGCUUCGUGUGUCUCUCUCAUCUGUUACUCAACAGGGUUGUUUGAUGCUCCAACUGCUGUAGAAUUCUGUUGUCAUGGAGACCUACUGGAGGGAGGUGCAGAACAUAAAGGAUGAAGAGGAAGAGAGGGAGGAAGAGGAGGAAGAGACAUGUCUGGACGAGGCGGAGCUAGAGGAGGCGUGGCUAUCAGAGGCGGGGCUGUCCUCCCUGGUUACGGGUUCAGCUACAGAGGACGGGCCUGCGGACGCACUGCUGUCCACGUUGACCCGGCAACAGGUUGCCACGGUGACGGAGAGGCUGGAGAAUUACAAGCAGACGCUGAGGAAAACGAACAGACCGGCGCCCACACACGUCCAGGACAUCUUCACCACGAGUUCUCCCGGACCCCCUGACUCCGCCCCUCCCAGGUUCCACAGAACCACGAAGACCAUCCAUAAACCCAGAGUGCGUCCUUCCGUUCCAAAUUUCCAACCGUCUGAGGAGGAACUGUCGGAACAUCUUCCAGAUUCAUACACACACUCUCCUACACACUCUCCUACACACUCUCCUACGCACUCUCCUAUGCACACACACUCUCCUACAAACUCUCCUAAACACUCUCCUACACACGAACAUUCUACGACACACUCUCCCACUCACUCAGACAUUUCAACACACACACACACAGACACAAAAACACCAACCCCCCUACCUACACACACAGCCAACAGCCACCUAGAGACGAAGCAGACAGUGGAAGCUGAUUGGCUGGUGUCUGAGCUGCCCUACUCAGAGGGCGUGUCUAACCACAAAAGGGGCGUUGCCUCCCAACAUCUCCACGGAAACACUGACCUUCUAGUCAUCCAGCUGCCCAGCUCCAGGGGGGUCCUGGUGCGAGUGGAGGACCUGUCCCCAGCAGACGUCACCCAGCUGGGCUUCAUCGCCCUCAUAGAGCUCUCUACCUUCCUGAGCUCCCUGGGGGUCCGGACCCCCAAGACCAAGACCCACCGACACAGAGCGCCAGGCAAGGACAGCGGUGUGUUUGGAGUUCCGUUGUCAUCUCUGUUGGAGAGAGACAGGAAGCUGUACUCAGGAGAGACAGUUCCUGCGGUCUUUAGAAAGCUGCUGUGUAUUCUAGAGCAGACCGGUCUGGACACAGAGGGGAUUCUGAGAGUCCCGGGGUCCGCUGCUAGACUGAAGUUUCUGCGCAGGGAGCUGAACAAGAAGUUCUCAGCGGGGCAGUUUGAUUGGUCGACGGUGAGGCCGCAGGAAGCUUCCGGGCUGAUGAAGAUGUUCCUCAGAGAUCUCCCGUCCCCCCUCCUCACCUCCAUGCACCUCCCGGCCUACACCGCCCUGCUGGGUAUACCCUCUCAGGUGCACCAGGUUCAAGCUCUCCAUCUUCUCACUCUGCUGCUACCCGAAGCUAACAGACACCUGCUGAAGGUGCUGCUGUCCUUCCUCUGUGAGGUUGUGUCCCACCAGGACAGGAACAGAAUGUCCCUGUGGAACGUUUCCAUGGUGAUAGCCCCCAACCUCUUCCCCAGCCGCCACGGAAACAAGCGCUGCGUCGCCCGGCAACAGCAGGAGAUGGAGGAGGCUGUGGGCGCCGCUCACCUGGUCCAGCUGCUGGUCGCCCACCGAGACCUGCUGUGGACGGUACCGUGCUUCCUGCUGGCCCAGGUGAGACGGGUGAACCAGGUGACCUGCCACAAGAAAGGUCUGAAGAAGAGACAGGACAAGAACUACAAGAACCAGGUGCCCAGUCUGUGGGAGGGGGUGAUCAGAGUUCAUGCCCCCCUACAUUCCAAGGUUUCCAUGGCGAUACAACUGGAUGGACACACCAGGGCCAAGGACGUCAUCGCCCGCUUCCAAUACGAGAACAGGACGGGUUAUGAGGACGUCAAUUGUUUGUUCGAAGUUGGAGGAAACAUUGGAGAAAGGUGUCUCCACCCAGACACUGUGCUGAUGGACGUCCACCUGGUGAACCCUUCCUGUAGCUGGCUGCUAAAACCUCGACCACAGGCCUCCCACCACUGGGCCUAAUGCUACCGCUACUAGCAUCAUUACUAACACUGCUACUAGUAUUAUUACUACUACUGCUACUAGUGCUAC